UGUUCGCAGCAUUUAUGUUCGCAGCAUUGAAACGUUUGAGAGAGAAGCCUUUCAAAACAAUUGGAUCCUUUUCAGAGUGACUUUUUACACUUUCCAACAUGUCUCUGAAAAAACACACAAGAAAAGAAAAAGUAAAGCCCAGCUCUCCUCUUCUGGCUCAAGAAGACAAUAUUCAAGUUCAGAAGAUGUGCUUGGAAGAGGAGAUUAUCUUCCUCAGAAAAGAAAAUGAGAGAAAGAGCGCUGAAGUCAAUAAAUUGUUCAGCCAGCUUCUUGAAAAGGAAGAUAUUCAAAAGGAGAAAGAAAUGGAACUCCUAGACGUGCGUGGAAGGAACUUUGAGCUCAAAGCAAAGCUUGAUAAAGCAAUAGAAAAACUCAAAGAAAUCCUCCAGCAGAAGAAAAAUGAGAAAGACAAGGACAAAAAGGAUCGGGAGCUGCAAUUAAAGCUUGAUGAAGCUCUGCAAAAAAAUACAGAAAUCCUCCAAGAGAAGAAACGGCAGGACAUAGAACUCCAAAACUUGGGGAUCAAAUACAAAGCAUUGCUUCAAGAGAAAAAGCAACAACCGAUCAAACAGAAAGAAAGCAAGCUUGAAGACUCGGAGGAAAACUACAGAGAGCUGAAAACAAAGCUUGAUAAAGCACUGCAAAGAAAUAACCAGACUCUUCAAGAAAAAGAACAACUGGAAAGAAACCAGAGAGACAUGCGGUGCCAACUCCAAAGAAUGGAGGAAAAAUGCCGAGUCCUGGAAGUAAAACUUGAUAAAACUGCAGUGCACAAGCAGAAAUAUCAAGAGCUGCUUCAAGAGAAAGAACAACAGGACAUAAAGCAGAAAGAAGACAAACGUUUACUCCAAGGCUUUGAGAGGGAAAACCAAAAGCUGCAAGAACUUUACAAGAAAAUGAACUACAAAGCAACUGAAAUGGAAGGAGAGAAGGAGAAACUGCGAAAACAAUGCUCAGCGAUGCAGAGUCAGCUCAAUGACAUGCUGACAAAAAACACCGAACUCGAGGAACUUUCAAACACCUUGAAAUGCAAAAACACUGAGGUGCAGGUGCUAAAGCAGCAACUCCAGAAAACAAAUGAAGACCUGCAGUGCAAACUUGAAGAAAUGGAGAGGAAAAGUCAACAAUUAGAAGACACUCACAACAAAUUACAAGAGCGUUAUACAGAGAUGCAGGAGGCAAAGGUAAUGCAGGAGGCAACUUCUAAUGAGUUGAAAGAAAGGCUCAAAGACAAACAAGCCGAAUUAGAAGAAGUGGAGAAAACAUGCAGGAGACUUGAGAAGGAGAAUACAGAAACAAUCGAUCAGCUGAGAAACCUGAUCCUAGAGAAAAAGGUUCUCGUGGAAAAGCUCCUGGAAAAGAAGAAGAAACGCUUCCGCUUCUUCUGGAGGAAGGACACUCAUGCUUUGUCUGGUUUUUCCACUGCUGAUGUCACCUCGUCUUCCUCCACCUCUGUUCCAUCGUAAUUUUGACCUCCCCUCUCCUGCCCUCUCCCUCUCUCCUGACACCUUGACACCUCUCCCUCCCCUAGCUCCCUUGAACUCCUAACACCUGUCCCAUCUCCCUCCCCCCUCUCUCUCUUUUC